AUGUCUGCUACGAACACGCCUGUUGUUUUCGUUGACGGCGCGAAUGGAUUCAUUGGCACGACCGUGAUCCUCGAAGCCCUCAAGCAGGGAUAUCACGUCAAGGCAGCUGUGCGCCGUCAGGAAAGCGCAGACGCGUUUGGCAAGAAGUACCCCGAGCACGGGUCCAAGAUCGACUGGGUGUUCAUCCCUGAUUUCUCUGACCAGGAGGCUGUGGCCGCCGCGCUCAAAGGGGUGACGUACGUCAUGCACGUCGCCUCGCCCUUCCGGUUCGACUUUACCGACAACGAGAAGGAAGUCCUUAUUCCCGCGAGGGAGAACACGCUCUCGAUCCUGCGCGCUGCGGCCAAGAACCCGGAGGUGAAGCGCGUCGUGAUCACUUCGAGCUUUGCGGCGGUGUGCGACUUGCUCAAGGGUAUGUGGCCGGAGAAGACGUACUCGGAGCAAGACUGGAACCCGGCCACGUGGAACGAGGCUGUCAGAUCCGACAUCCCUCCCUUCGUGUACUGCGCGAGCAAGGGGUUUGCUGAGCGCGCGGCUUGGGAGUACAUGGACCAGGAGAAGCCUGGUUUCGCCUUGACGACUUUCUGCCCGCCUAUGGUCUUUGGGCCUCCUCAGCAGCCUAUCAAGUCGAUGAAGAGUUUGAACGAGUCGGUGGACCAGCUCUGGCGGCUCUUCAGUGGUACGGAGAAGGAAGUCCCCUUUACCAACUUCCCUGGGUUCAUCGAUGUUCGUGAUCUGGCGCACCUGCACCUCGCCUCCCUCACCAACGACAAGGCUAGGGACAAGCGUUACCUCGUCGUCGGAGGCCACUAUUCCUUCGACGAAGCGGUGGUCGUUGCGCGCGAAGCGUUCCCCAACCAGGCAGCCCGCAUGACGCCCUCGACUGGCAAGCCCGCCCCAGAGCACUACAAACUGGACGUGUCCAAGGCCGAAGCUGACUUUGACAUCAAGUGGACGCCAUUCAAGAAGACGAUUGUCGAUACUGCCGAGGUGCUGUUCAAGACUGAGGCUUUGCUUGCUUCUGCUUGA